CAGCAGGGGUUUUAUCUGAUUUCUCUGAGAGGGCAGCAGGCAAGAAGGAGCACAUCUCAGGAUACCACCACCCAAACUGACUGACAAGAAUAAAGCAGAAGGGAAGAAUUUGGAAGAACACUCACAUAACUAUGAAAACUACGCUACAAACCAGUUUACUUUUGUUGCUAAUUACAACCUCGAGAAGUGCUGUGAUCACUGGGGCCUGUGAACGUGACCUUCAAUGUGGGCUUGGUACCUGCUGUGCAGUAAGCUUGUGGCUUCGAGGUCUUAGAAUGUGCACACCACUAGGGAAUGAAGGAGAUGAAUGCCACGUUUUCAGUCACAAGAUUCCUUUUUAUGGAAAACGCAUACAUCGUACCUGCCCGUGUCUCCCAGCACUGACAUGUGUUAAAUUUCUGGAUGGUAAAUACCGAUGUUCAGAGGAUUUCAAAAGAAUAGACUUCUAAUACCUAACAAUGACUUUUCCACACAAGAAGCAUCACUGUGAUAUCCAUACUGGGGAAGAUGUGGCAAAUUCUGCUGUGCUUUUUUUGUUUCUUUGUGUCAUUAAAAAGUAACUGUUUUUGUAACUUGAA